AUGAAAAAGAAAUCAGUGAUGAAAGGUUGUCCAUUGCUAGAUUUGAACCAAUCCUUAGAAGAAACAGUUACGCAUCCGAAGGCAACAGAGGAGGAGCCCGAAUAUGGCUGCAACUUCUGCCCGAAGAAGUUCUCUAACAAGCAAGCGCUGGGAGGACAUCAAAACGCCCACAAACUUGACAAGGUCGGACAAAAGCGACCCCCCCAACGACAAGAAGGAUGCCCCGGUAACGCUAUUAGUCCAAAUUCCUUCCAUCAAGUUCCGAAAAAGAAUAAGAGGGCACACUACAUUCCAUACAUGGAGCAUCAAUCUCAGCCAUUAAGAUUUGGUGGCUUUUGCACUAUCCCAAAACAGCCCUUUAUGCCCCAAAUGCAUGCCCCUGGCUCCAUGUUCCGAAUGUCUGGUGCACCGCAAUAUCCCUUUAUGGGACGAGGCGCAAGUACGUCUAAAGAGAGAUCCACAGCGGCCGCUGCAAAUAGCGAUGAAGCAGGCCAUCACGGCCACAUUCAGCAUCCAGAAGAUGGCCUUGAUUUAUCAUUAAAGCUUUAA